AUCAUAAAUUCAUCUCACAGAGUAGCGUUGCCAUGGAAUCAACAAUGUCUGAUGCAUUCUUCGAUUCCAAGAAAAAUAUAUUGACCAUUCGGUGCUUACAAGGGAACAAACUAAAUAUCGAAGAUGCACAGUCGCCGUUGGAAAUAGACCCACUGAAGGGAAACCUGGUUGACAUUGAGAAGAUUGCCAUGAAAACGCCUGAUGAAAAUGACGAACGUGGGACUUGGAGCGGCAAAUUGGAUUUUAUUCUUUCUUGCAUUAGUUAUGCCGUCGGGCUUGGAAAUGUUUGGCGAUUCCCGUUCCUGUGCUACGAGAAUGGGGGAGGUGCAUUUCUUAUCCCCUAUGUGAUCAUACUAUGCCUGGCUGGUCUGCCUCUCUUCUUUCUCGAGUUGAGUCUCGGACAGUUCGCUAGCCUGGGAUGUGUGAACGUGUGGAGAAUUUGUCCCUUAUUAAAAG